AUGCGGAUCUCAAUCCGGGAGCAGCUCGGACUCCUCGUCCUGUUCUGCUCUCUCACAUCGCUUAUGGUCCUAGCACUGGCAGUGGUAUGCUUCAUUCAGGCCGUCAAGGUGGACAAUACUGACUGCUUUCUCGUGGUGCAGUGGUUCCAAAAUUAUAAUUUCGUCAUCAACAUGAGGUUACUGUCGGGUCUUUCCCUAACGGCUUCGCUGAAGGCGGCCCAAUUGUCUAGUACCCUUCUCUUGUACGAGUCGCAGGUCCGAUCUGUCUCGACACGAAUCGUAUUACAAAACGCUCUGGGCAGGUACAAUCGAGGUAACACUAGUAGCGAGAACUGGGUCCUCAGUCAGAGUGAUCUGGAGGGCGCUUUAGCGAAUGGAUCUCUUUUGGUGCAAGCGACAUUAUUUCCCAAUGCCUUCAACGGGAACACCAGCGCGGUCAAUGGGCUGCUCAAUGUCACCGCGAGUGGGUUGAGCGGAAGAGUCAAACUGCCGUAUGCCUACCCUAAUGGCUCUGCUGUUUACCUUGGGGAUCCGGGAUUAGGGUAUCCUCCCACGCUGUAUCCCAAUCUAACUUACGGACCGCCACUGCCGGGUUACAACUCCUCUUCGGUGUCGUAUAACGGCCAAACGAUCGACCCCGGCGAGGCAUUGAUUCUCGGCCCUUUGCCCGUUAAUGAAACAUAUGGUCUCCUAUCCCUCACAGUGGCCAUGAUCAACAACACUUCUCGGUCUGAUAUCCAAGGCUGGGUGACAAUGGUUGUCAAUGCAGAUAUACUGUACAACGUCCAGAACUCCCCUGAGGGACUGGGCAAGACCGGCGAAACCCUCCUUAUUGGCCCAGCUACCCCCGACAAUCAUUACCAGCGGGAGAUUCGGGGCUCAACAAAGGAUUAUGCCCAAUCUCAACUUGUUCGAUUUGUUCUUCCGCCGCAUAGCAAUUCCACCCUGCAAGGACGCCACCAAGCUCGAAGUUCCAUCACUAAUUCAACUACACCAUUUCCCAUGUCGGAAUAUCCCGCAGUAGUAGCAGCGUGGACGAAAGACAACAAUGCCAUCAAUAAUGCGGGCGCAUUCAUUUCCACGCGUAAUGAAGAUGGCACGCGAGUUUCUACGGGAUACGCAACCGUGUCCGCAAAAUCUGUCGACUGGGUUCUGGUUGUGGAACAGUCACACCAGGAGGUCAUUGAACCUAUCAACCAUCUUCGGGACGUCGUUCUCAUUUGCGUCUUCUCUGUGACUGGUCUUCUCCUGGUCAUCACGUUUCCCGUGGCACAUUAUUCAGUCACACCGAUCCGUGAACUGCGAGCAGCGACCGCAAAAACCGUGGAACCAUAUCAACCGGACGAUAACAGCGAAUAUUCGAGUACGAUGGGCCCCCUGGCUGGAGGGGAGGAAGAGAGCAGUCCUAACCCGAUCGAAGAGGAAACGGCCCGAAAAGAAGGCUUUUUGGGGUUUCUCACCAAGAUCGGAAUGCCCAAGCAAACUGAGCGGUCCACAACGCCGAGAAGCUUACGUCGCAAGACUUUCAGAAUCCCUCGCAAGGUGCCAGAGCGUCGGCAUUGGAUCACCGACGAGCUGACGGAGCUAACGAGAACGUUCAACGAGAUGUCUGACGAGUUGACGAUGCAGUAUGAGCGCCUGGAAGAACGAGUCAAGGAGCGCACCGCGGAGCUUGAGAAGAGCAAGAAGGCCGCCGAGGCGGCAAACCAGAGCAAGACGCUCUUCAUUGCGAACAUCUCCCACGAACUCAAGACACCGCUCAACGGCAUUCUUGGGCUUACCACGGUUUGCAUGAACGAGGAUGACCUUGGAAAGAUUCGGACCACUCUGAACACGAUUUACAAAUCUGGCGAUCUGCUCCUUCAUCUGUUGACCGAUCUCCUCACGUUCAGUAAGAACGAAGUUGGUCAGCAGCUUUCAAUCGAUGAGGCCGAAUUUAGAUUGAGUGACCUGAGCACGCAGUUGAUCCCGACCUUCGAGAAGCAGGCCCGAGAAGCGCAAGUCGACCUCAAGAUUUUGUUUCUGGGAACAAAUGAUGCCUUUGGGGACGCCUCUGACUUCUCGGGCGAUAGAUUAUAUGGCCCAGUUGGCACAGGGCGUGUCAGAGAUAUGUGCCUGUGGGGUGACAAGAAUCGAAUUUUGCAGGUUCUGAUGAAUUUCGUGAGCAACAGCCUCAAAUUUACACCGGCACACGGCUCCGUCACCGUUCGCGUUCGUUGUACUGGACUGGUUGAAGUCUUGCCUAGCCGAGCAGGUAGUGCGCGGAAGUCGUCUCUGAAUUCACGAAAGUCGAAGUCGUCUAGCGCGAAGCGGGUGCGGAUGUCGGAUGGCUCACUUGCCAUCCCAGACACGCCCGAUAACGAGAAAUCCCACUCAAACUCGACCUCUCAUGGAGACCCAAAACUCAGCAUCAACGUUGCAGGGGGCACCACACACAUACGCAAAGUUGUCGAGCGACAGAGGUCGAUGUCUCCACCACCUUUAAACACAAAGGAUCUCAGCUUUGAGUUUGAAGUGGAAGACACUGGUCCUGGAAUUCCACCUGACCAGCAAAAAAAGAUCUUCGAACCAUUUGUCCAAGGCGAUCUCGGUUUAAGCAAGAAAUAUGGCGGAACUGGUCUCGGCCUGAGUAUUUGCGCCCAACUCGCAGCUCUCAUGGGAGGUGACAUAUCUCUGGACAGCACGGUGGGAGUAGGCAGCAAAUUUACCAUGAGAAUACCCCUUCGUUACGUUGCGGAACGAAGUCCGUCAAUGACAUCCUCCAUGCACAAAUCGCACUCCAAAGCAAGCAGUGUCGUGGAACAGACAUUUCAUGAUCCUGGUGAUUCGUCGAUGCUCAACCAUACCGAUUCCACGGCGUCUUUAGGUUCAAUGCGCGAUGAUAGGCUGGGACAAGCUAAAUUGGCAGAUAUUCCCCGGAUCGUUGGUUUUACGCAGCCUUACGUGGCGAAGGAGGCCAAAAGCAGCAAUUCUUCGGAAGCCAAACUCAACGAGAUGAAGAAAGUCGAAAGUGAAGCUGCGCAGAAGGGCAGGAAAGUGCGAGUUCUGGUGGCGGAAGACAACAAAGUGAAUCAGGAAGUCGUCCUCCGGAUGUUACGAUUGGAGGACGUUUAUGAUGUCACCAUUGCAAAAGACGGACAGGAAGCAUUCGAAAAGGUUCGGGAGUCGAUGUUUAGCGGUGAACGGUUUGAUCUUGUGUUUAUGGAUGUUCAAAUGCCCAAUCUGGACGGAAUUCAAUCGACAAGACUCAUCCGGGGAAUGGGCUUCUCCGCGCCCAUAGUAGCCCUCACAGCAUUUGCGGAAAAGUCCAACGAGGAUGAAUGUAUGGCAUCGGGAAUGGAUUAUUUCCUAGCGAAACCAAUUCGACGACCGGCUCUUAAACAGGUUCUAAAAAAGUACUGCGCAACCAUCCCAGAAGAGGAAAAUGAGGGAAGCUCCGCUGCCGCGGAUUCUUCAAAGGAAAAUUCAGGGUCACAACGGCCAAAUGGCUGCCCGCCGCCGUUGGCUCCAGAGUCGAAAGAUCCGGUUGUGGAGGCAAACGACUCCACUAAAGCCUCUCCCCUAUCAUAA